AUGGCACUAGACAUCGAGGCUGCCAAAAAGGCUGCUGCUCAAGAAGCCGUCCGCAAUCAUUUUCCAGAAAAUCCACGGUUCGUGGGGAUCGGAUCAGGUACAACGAUCGUGUACGUGGUGGAUGCAAUCAAAGAGCUGGGAAAAGAUGUCUCGCGCGUGGGAUUUGUACCGACUGGCUAUCAAUCGAAACAGCUCAUCAUCAAAGCCGGUCUUGUGCCUAUCGAGUUCGACGCAUUGCCUGACAAUGCUAUGAUUGAUGUGGCUUUUGACGGUGCCGAUGAGGUCGACGAGGAUUUGAAUUGCAUCAAGGGCGGCGGUGCUUGUCUGUAUCAGGAGAAGCUGGUGGCUACGCGGGCGAAGCAAUUUAUUUGUGUGGCAGACCACCGCAAGCUCCAGAAGCGAUUGCUCACUCAGUGGCCCACAAUACCCAUCGAGGUCGAACCCAAAGCUGCACGACAAGUCAUGAAAAGACUGCGUAUGCUGGGAAGUCACAACCCACAUCUCCGAGAAGGCCACAUGGCCAAAGCAGGUCCUAUCAAGACCGACCAGGACUUCUUCAUCAUCGAUGCCCCAUUCCCUCAUCCCCUACUCAUCUCCGAAGAUGUUUCCAAAGGCGAGGUCGGCGACGGAGAAAACGGCAAGUGGGAAGUCGAGUUGCUCGCCAAAGCCAUCAAGGAUAUCAAUGGUGUACUUGCUGUUGGUCUGUUCUGUGGUCCAACGGGUCCGGAAGCCCAAUCUGCCGGCGUGCUCGGUGGUCAACGGCCUGUGGCUUGCUAUUUCGGCAUGGCUGACGGGUCGGUGACAUUGCGGAGAGCUCGAGAGAAGCGUCAUUCCGUGGUUGCGAGAUAUCCUCCACUGAUACCCGUAACCAGCAUCGAGGCUGCAGACGCUGCCGUCGUAGACUCAUAA